GCUGCUCUUGCACGAAUAAGAUCUCACCAUGUCUUGUGACGAAGGAAAACUCUUCAUUGGAGGCCUUAGCUUUGAAACUAAUGAGCAGAAUCUGGAAGACGUUUUCUCCAAGUAUGGAAUAAUCUCAGAAGUCGUCGUUGUGAAAGAUCGUGAGACCAAGAGAUCCAGGGGCUUUGGGUUUGUCACGUAUGAGAACCCAGAAGAUGCUAAAGAUGCCAUGAUGGCUAUGAAUGGAAAGUCCGUAGAUGGGCGCCAAAUACGUGUUGACCAGGCAGGCAAAUCAUCAGGAGACAGGAGAGGGGGCUACAGAGGAGGUUCCGGCGGCAGGGGAUUUUUCCGUGGUGGACGUGGACGUGGUGGUGGAGACAGGGGAUAUGGAAGCAGCCGAUUUGAUAACAGAAGUGGGGGAUAUGGGGGCAGUGGUGGAUCCCGUGACUACUAUGGCAGCAGUGGCAGGAGUCAAGGUGGUUAUGGCGAUCGCUCAGGAGGUUCUUACAGAGACGGAUAUGACAGUUAUGCUACACACAACGAGUAAAAUUCCUUCCUGACUCAAGAUCGUCCUUCCAAUGGCCGUAUUUAUAAAGAUUUUUGGAGCUUCGCAGAAUCAUUUAUGUAGUUCAUCUAAUUGUGUUCACUUUUUAUAUAAAAAGAUUGGGUUAAUACCCAAACAGCUUCAUAAAUUAAUACAUGGAGCAUCAGUGCUGCAAUGCAUUUUGCGUUGUACAUAUUAAAGAAAUAUUUUAAGGGGGAUGAGUUUUUAACCUUAUGUUCCAUUGAAGCUGGUCAGACUGGGAGCUCCCAUGUCUAUGGGGAGUAUAUUGGAAGGGGGUUGCUCUGCAAAAGUCUUGCUCAGUGAGGUGUGUGAAGCCUUAACCUCACACCUUUGCAGUGUCUUUAAUGACCUGCUACUGUAUAUGUAUAGUAUGUGGGUCAGAGACCCUGAAACCUGCUUGAGCAUGUCUUCAUUUAAGGCAUUCCUUUAGUGUAACAAGGGAAGGCAGAGCCUGGGUGCGCUGUAAAUAGUGGCUAAACUUCCUUGAUAUACUUAAAGUGAACCUCUUACCAAUCUUUCCAGUAACAAUGUCACAAGAAGUUCUAGAAAAAUGUUUGUUUAUAUUGUCCUUUUUUUACUGAAACAAAUGCAGAAACUGUAUUGAAAUGGUCACAGAAUUCUUGUACUCUCGUUUGGCUUCACGAAGCCUAUUAAAAGACCGUCUGAAAAGAA